AUGGAUGGGCUGCUAGAGGUCGUCGGUGCCACCAUCACCAUUUUAUCGAAGAAUGAACUCGAUUUGCAAACUCCAGAUGCUACACCGAGCACAUUGCCGGGUCCUUCUGAGAUUGAAGUCUUUAACCCGUACACCAGCAAAGCUGAAAUGAUUCGUAGCGAUGACCCCAAGUUCUAUGACGCGGGGGGGCUCAAGACCAGAAGGUAUCAGGGAUCCAGCAAACCCAAGGACAUUCCAUCCUUUGUGUGGCAAUCAAUGUCGGUGAAGCAACGGAGACUCGCAAUUGCAGAAAAGCAGAAGAAGUUAGCUAGAGUUACAGACAUGGCUGCUUUGCCUAAGAAGGCAGCUGCAUCAAAACGAUCUAGGCAUUCCGAAACAUGGGCUUUGGUGCGCGUCUUGGAAGGGAACGCCGGAUCAUCAUCAUUCCAGGAUGCCGAAGAGGUUCCCAAGAUGCCUGUUUGUGGGUAUAGUGUACAGAGACAUCGUGACAAGCUCAUCAAGGUACGAUCUACUCCCGCGAAGCCAAGCGUGGCGGAAGCUCACGCCGUGCCUGAUGCUCAGAGAUUGCUGGUCGAGGUGGAGCCCGAGGUCAUGCCCACCGUCCGUGACCGCAUUGCGGCAUGGGAGAAGGUCUCCACGGACCUUCGCGCCGCUUGUGUGAAAGUGGCUUUCGGUGAAGACCCAGAAGCCCACGUCCGUCGUUUGGCUUCCAUUCGCCAGCCGAUUGGCGUGGCCAUUCGUGGGACACUCGAGGGGGGCAGUGCCCAAGGUUCCUUCGGCGAGAUUGCCGACUUGAUGGAGCGGGUGCCGGAAUGUUUGUUGACACAGCUGUCGAGCGGGCCGGAAGGCUCAGCCGAUUUGCUCAUUUGCGGUGAUAGUUCAUUUGCUGUCAUUCGCCAAAAGUUCAUCGGCCCUAUGAUUGAGCCUGAAAUCACGCGGAUGGAUUUGGCCCAGUUCCUGAACCAGGACUCGAUGGUGUUCUAUCGCGAUCAAUUCCACAUGAUCGAGUGCUAUCAGACCCUCAAAUGGGGCGUUGCUGUCUACUCCGGCAUUGCUACCUGCGCCUUUCGAACAUUCCAGGUGAUGCAGUACAAAGAGGAGAUUGAACCAUUGACCAUCUUGAACGCCGGUGAGGGCGAAGGAGAUUUGCAGUUGAUGGAAUUCCUCUUCAGGUACCCUACCAUCUCGGAGGUUCGAGCUGCCGCAGACCUUAUGCUUGCCGGAAGGCGAGCCGUGGAUCAGAUUGAACUGAACCCGGCCGACAUUGUGGACGCAGUCGACCAAGAGAUAAUGAAUUGGUUGCUGCAAGAAGAAGAGGCAGAUGUCGUGCGGUUGAAAGACAACAGCCGCGUGCUGGCUCAGGAGAUCAACCCCGACGACCUGGUGGACAAGAGCUUGUGGAAGAAUUUCCAUGGGAAGUCCCGGACGAAGGAGACACUCGACUUCGACGAAUGGGAACGAGCCAUCGAGGAGAAGAAGAAGAACCCGGGUACCAGCUCAUUCAUCCCGCCAGUUGAGGUGCCGCUUCCGCCGCCCAAGAACGAGGAAGAAAAGGCCGACGAUGAAGCCUUUGCCGAUAUCCGCACCGAAAAGUCCUAUGUGAUCGUCGAACAUCCGGAAGAGGAGCAACCAGACUGGGACGACGAUGAUGCGGACUCGGCGGCCUUCAAGUCUGUCAAGGGUUCAGAGGCCGAUGAAGCUGAGAGGCCCGAACCCAUGGAUAUCGACGAACAGGCCCAAGGGGAGCAGAAGAAGGCGGACGAAGAAGCCCCUCCCGAAGGCCAAGGAGAAGUCGAUCAACCCAUCGAGGAGUCUCAGGGCGAAGCCGCUGAAGCGACCCAUGGCCAGGCCACUGAUGAGAACACCAAAUCAGAUGACGCCAAGCUCAUGGAGGUCGACCUCACUGGAGACGAUGAUGCUGAGAAGAAGCCGAAGAAGAAGCCAUCUGCCGAAAAGCCCAUGACGCCGAGCGAGUUGAGUUUCGUCGACGAAAAGACCGGUCGCAUCGUUGUGCGGGGGGACAAGGAGGAGCGUGAUGCUCGCUUCAAGAAAUGGAAGGAGGCAGAAAGGCUCGCCAUGAGGCCAAAGGCCCAGCCCAAGCAGGUGCGGCGACCCAACUUGGAGCCCACCAUGCGAGCGAUCGACACUGAGGAUCCGAGCAAGGACCUGGAGUUCGCUCAGCUUCCGGGGCAGGAGUUCGUCUGGUUCAAUCGGGCGUACGCCAAGACGCGGCAGAACUACCACGAGAGGAAUUAUAUGCUGAACAAUGCCCGCCGCAAUCAGCACCACCUAAAGGUGGGCGAGACCAAUCUCAUGAGAGGCGCAGUCUUGACCGGCAUCACUGAUGAGGUAGCGCUCACUCAGAGCCAAGCGUCCCGGGAGGGUCCGCCGCCAGAACUUACCGGCUUCACGCUGGGGCAAGUUUGCAUCAUUGCCAAUGAAGAGAUGUCUGGUUGGGCGGGGAAAGGCAAAUCCAAGGGCAAGUCCAAGGGCAAGAAGGGCAAGGGCAAAGGGAAGUUUCGCGACAUCAAUGACGAUGACCUGAUGGCGAACGAGAUUGUCCAAAUCCCCAAGCGGGUUUGCCCGACGCCUCUGUGUGCUACGCGCCAUUACGAUGGACAGCGCCGGUGCGACUACUGUCGCAGGGACUUGCAGGUCUGGUCAGAUGCUCGAUCAGCGAGCGAGUUAGCCAGAAUGGAAGAGACGGCCAACCUCAAUGAGUCCGUCGUUGCCUUGGAUCAGUUGUCAACCAGAGCCUAUCGGAAGGCGAAUGUAGUCAAAGACACGUCAAAAGGUGAGCAGCAGCGAGGAGCCAAAUCGGCAUUCGGCCUCAUCAAAAGACUUGCCGUCAACUACGUUCGAAAGGCCAAGCAGCUUGGUCUUCCGGGGCCAGCCAGGCGGUUAGAAGUCGACCCGUUGUUCGCCUACAACUGCUCGACGACCCAGCUGACGUCAGGAUCGCUCAACUUUCUCCACCGAUUGGCCCGAGCAAUCUUCGCCAACCCUGGCCGAAGUGCUCAAGAGAGAAAGAGAGCCCUCGACGAUCAAGAAAGGGAGCACCAUUCCAAACUGCGCUUCAUUCCCACCAUCGCCCGGGAUCCGAACGAGGCCUUGUCCAUCGAAGACGAGUCGUUCGUGUGCGACGCCGUUGAGAUCCUGAGCGAUUUGGUCGAAUUUGCUGAGCGCAAUUGGGCCCGUGCCUGUGAGGGCACAGAGUACUCAGACUUGACGAUCUUUUCGGGUCGCUUCCCUGAGGUAUUUUGCCAAACCUGCACAAGCGAAGACUUGUCGUCAGCUCCGCAUCAGAGAAAAGAUUAG